CGGUGCGGUGCACCCAGGCCAUGGCAGUCGGUGGGGACGGAGCAGCGCCAGACUUUGUAACUGCCCCGUCCUUCUCGCUGCGGCUGCGGCUGCGGCUGCGGCUGCGGCUGCGGGUGUGCGCUGUGCCCAUGGCGUGUCUCCUCCGCGUGUCUUCCAUCCCUCGCAGGACGGGGGCGUCGCACUUCGUCUGCGCCGUGCAGUCUGCUGCGGCGUGCGUGCGGGGCUCUUGUGUGUGUGUGUGUGUGCGUGAGUGGAGUGCGGCCGCGAGUGAGGCGCCACGGAGGUGCAGACAUUCGCACUGA